CCUCGAGGACAACCAAGUGGCCCACCCUCAGGACCCUCACCACCCGUCAGAGAAGCCUGUCAUUCACUGCCACAAAUGUGGGGAACCGUGCAAGGGUGAAGUGCUUCGGGUCCAGACCAAACAUUUCCACAUCAAAUGUUUCACCUGCAAAGUGUGCGGCUGCGACCUGGCCCAAGGGGGCUUCUUCAUAAAGAACGGAGAGUAUCUGUGCACCCUGGACUACCAGAGGAUGUAUGGAACCCGCUGCCACGGCUGCGGGGAGUUCGUGGAAGGAGAGGUGGUGACCGCCCUGGGCAAGACCUACCAUCCCAACUGCUUUGCUUGUACGAUCUGCAAGCGCCCGUUUCCACCCGGAGACCGAGUCACAUUCAAUGGGAGAGACUGCCUUUGCCAACUCUGUGCACAGCCGAUGUCUUCCAGCCCUAAAGAAGCCUCCUGCUCCGGCAAUUGUGCUGGCUGUGGACGAGAUAUCAAGAACGGGCAAGCACUGCUGGCGCUGGAAAAGCAGUGGCACUUGGGUUGCUUUAAAUGCAAGUCCUGCGGGAAGGUCCUCACCGGGGAGUACAUCAGCAAGGAUGGUGCUCCGUAUUGUGAAAAGGACUACCAGGGGCUCUUCGGGGUGAAAUGUGAAGCCUGCCACCAGUUCAUCACAGGGAAAGUCCUGGAGGCGGGAGACAAACAUUACCACCCUAGCUGUGCACGAUGCAGCAGAUGCAACCAAAUGUUCACAGAAGGAGAGGAAAUGUAUCUUCAAGGUUCUACCGUUUGGCAUCCCGACUGUAAACAAUCUACCAAGACCGAGGAAAAGCUUCGGCCACCCAACAUCCGUCGUCCUCCGUCUGAUUUCUUUUAUCCCAAAAGUCUGAUUCGACGCCCAGGACGGUCCCUGUCUCUGCAGCCUACCAGGACUUCCUCCGAAAGCAUUUAUUCUAGACCAGGCUCCAGUAUCCCUGGCUCCCCAGGUCAUACUAUCUAUGCAAAAGUGGACAAUGAAAUCCUGGAUUACAAGGAUUUAGCAGCCAUUCCCAAGGUCAAGGCAAUUUAUGACAUUGAACGUCCAGAUCUUAUUACCUAUGAGCCUUUCUACUCUUCGGGCUAUGAUGACAAACAGGAGAGGCAGAGCCUGGGAGAGUCUCCAAGGACUUUGUCUCCUACCCCAUCAGCAGAAGGGUACCAGGACGGGCGGGACCGGAUGAUGCACCGCUCCACCAGCCAGGGCUCCAUCAACUCCCCUGUGUACAGCCGCCACAGCUACACUCCAACCACGUCUCGCUCUCCCCAGCAUUUUCACAGACCUGGCAAUGAGCCGUCCAGCGGCCGGAACUCCCCUCUCCCUUACCGGCCAGACAGCCGCCCUCUCACUCCAACUUACGCUCAGGCCCCUAAACAUUUCCAUGUUCCAGAUCAAGGGAUCAACAUUUACCGAAAACCACCCAUCUACAAACAGCAUGAUGCAGCUGCCUUGGCAGCCCAGAGCAAGUCUUCAGAAGACAUCAUCAAGUUUUCCAAGUUCCCAGCAGCCCAGGCUCCAGACCCCAGCGAGAUACCAAAGAUUGAGACGGACCACUGGCCUGGUCCCCCCUCACUUGCCGCCGUAGGAGCUGACAUGAGACGCAGAUCUAGUGGCAGAGAGGAAGAUGAUGAGGAGCUUCUGAGACGCCGGCAGCUUCAAGAGGAGCAAUUAAUGAAGCUCAACUCGGGCCUGGGCCAGUUGAUACUGAAAGAAGAGAUGGAGAAGGAGCGGGAGAGCCGGGAGAGGGCCUCCCUAGCUGCCAGUCGCUAUGAUUCUCCCAUCAACUCAGCUUCACAUGCAUCAAAAACCUCAUCUCUCCCAGGCUAUGGGAAAAACGGGCUUCACCGGCCUGUUUCUACAGACUUUGCUCAGUACAACAGCUAUGGGGACGUCAGCGGGGGAGUGCGAGACUACCAGACCCUCCCGGAUGGUCACAUGCCUGGAAUGAGGAUGGACCGAGGGGUCUCCAUGCCCAACAUGUUGGAACCAAAGAUAUUUCCAUAUGAGAUGCUGAUGGUGACCAACAGAGGGCGCAACAAAAUCCUAAGAGACGUGGACAGAACCAGGCUAGAGCGCCACUUAGCCCCAGAGGUGUUUCGGGAAGUCUUUGGAAUGUCCAUCCAGGAGUUUGACAAGUUACCUCUUUGGAGACGCAACGACAUGAAGAAAAAAGCAAAACUCUUCUGAGUCCCACAUGUUGAAAAAGCAAUUAGAAAAGGACUGCCCAUGGCGGUGACAUAGGAUGUUGUAUUAAGGCCCAAACUUGAUUGGAGAAUUUGGAAACUACUGUCCCUCAGCAGCAGCCAAAAGGGAAAACCUGAUUAAAACACCCAUGAGCCAAAUAUUGGGCCAGCCCAUGGCAACACUCGCCCAGAAGCAGUGAGGUAGAAAUGUCUGUGUUCCCACCCUCGACAGUAGUGUUCACGUGCGACCUUUUUCCAUCACCUUAUGUGCACAACAGGAGCUACUUCUUUUGUUUCCGUUCAACUGUUAUCCAACAAUAGUGCAACUGUAUGGAUAGAGUCAGCAAGUGCCCUUAGGAUGCCACAUGGACAAAAGCAGUUGUGAUACUUCCAAAGUAUGAGUAUAUUUAUUGUGCAGCGCCAUGGCUGGGCAGGAAGAGCCCAAGGGACAGACCCAUGUGGCAGCAGCCUUUGGCCCACCUUUCCUCACCGGCCUCCUGCAUCGCUGCCUGGGCUUCAGCAGGAGGGAGGAGGGAAAGCAGAGUCUGAGCCCCCUGCAGCUCUGUUUCAGUAGCCACUAAAGUCAUUUUUAACAAGCUCCUUGUUCCUUACAGUUUGCUAGGACCUGAUUGGCACAUUACUUAGCUAUUAUUAAAAAGAAAAAGGAAUUAAGAGAAAGAGAGGGAAAAGGAAUGAAUGAAAAUUCUCCUUAAACCCUUUUCUACUUCAGAAAGUGUGUUCCUCCCCACCAAGGACAGGAGCUGUCUCAGCCCCCCACACUUACAGAGAAAUGAAGGGGAGAGAUUGUCUCCACAUUGGCCCAGUUGUAUGCUGUUAGAUGAGUUUUGUCCAAAGGCCAUGGCAGUCUUAACAACAAAAACAAAAAAGUUCUGUCUCCUCCCAAUGCAAGUUCUCCCACCCAGCAUCUUCUGCUCUCUAUCUGGCAUCCUCUAAAUCACAUCAAGCCCUCGCUGAUUUUGGUUUUCUUAAAGGUCUUUUCAGUAGUAGGCUAAGGAAAGGCAUGUUUUUCUCUUUGAAAUCCCUGCAACUCCAAGGUAGAUGACCUCAAACUGAUUUAAUUUGGUCUUUUGAGCUUUCUUUCUUGCCCAGCUCUGUUGACUUCCUGGUUUGUGUGUGCGUGUGUGUGUGUGUGUUCUCACUCACCCAGGGCAGUUUGGGGAGUUUGCAUGUGCUUUUAAAUUUCAUCCCUGCUCAAAUGUUUGUCCCACUGUGCUGCAGCCCCUAAGGGACAUUUGCAAGGUACACACAAUUCAAAAGUCAAGAGUGAGGCAUCCCUGCCAGCAGGUCCCUCGUGGAAGGGUGUUGGUGGUUAGAAGCCAGCACAUUCCAUGACAGAUGUAGCUCAAGUCAGCAUCAGACUGAAGACCGCAGACCUAGGAUCAGACUCUGUGUAGACAGUGGAACAUCUCACCAGAGUCCUCAAACUCAGCAACACAAGAUUCACAUUGGAGCCGAAGAUUACACCAAAACUUGCAUUGAAGACCCCACCACAGUUCCUGAAAGCCCCUGGCUGAGACUCAGAUGGGACGUGAGUCCCAUGUAGGAGGUUGUCACAUUUAUUCUCAUGCUUUGGGGCUCUGUUUAAGAAUUUAUGCUCUAUUUUAAAGCCAAAGAAGAAAACAUUUGAAUUCACCUGUGUAUGCCGCUAUAAAAGCUCAGAAAUUCUUCGUGCUGGCACCAAGUAUUAGAAUGAGUUAGUAGCUGACACCAGUGGUAAAAAGCAAGUAGAAUAUUCUUUCUGACCUGGUACUGCAGACCUAACUUGUGACACACUCUAGCAACCGAAUACUGUAGUGAACACUCAAUUGCUUUAUAGUAUUCUUUGCUCUUCCUGAGGGAAUCUAAACUGCCUGAGCUUUGCUAGACACUGAGUGUUUGAGGACUGUUCUCACAAAUACGUGUGUGUGUGUGUGUGUGUGUGUGUGUGUGUGUGUGUGUGUGUGUGUGUGUGUGUGUGUGUGUGUGUGUGUGUGUGUGUGUGUGUGUGUGUGUGUGUGUGUGUGUGUGUGUGUGUGUGUGUGUUGGACCUACUAAUGUAGUUAGCAAAUGCUCUGGGGAGGUGGAUGUGAGACCAGCUCCUCCUUGGUCUGAAGGCAGACUGCAGCCCGCAGUUUUGGCCCUUCAUCUAUCUGUUGCCCCAUGCUGCAUUCAGUACAUCCACUGUCCCGUCUUCUCUCUGACCUCCCCUGCACGGGCAGCUGGGCACAAUGCCUUUGUGUCCUAAUCCUUGCUUCGCUCUGGCAAAGUGUGAGGGGUGGGGACCACGGUGUCGUCCCAGCAUUUCCCUGCCAUGACCAAUAACGAGGAUGGCCAAAUGGAUCCAAGGGCCCCGGCUGGAGAAGAGGUUUUUCCUGUUGGCUAAUGAGUUAUAACCCAUGUACUUCCAGGUUAAAUGUCAGUGUAAGAAAAAUUGCAAUGAUAGUUAAAGAACUGAGCCCUAAAUUUGCCCCCACUAAUGAAACUCUACUUUUCUUGUAACUUUUGAAUUCAGUUCUGCAUCCAUCUUGGGGCAAAAAAAAAAUUUCUUUCCAUAUCAAGUGUAUUAGCUAAUGUAAACUACACCAUGCAAAAAUGCCUUGCCAGAAAAUGCCAGUAGCUUCCUGGCUGCAAACAGAGCAGUGCUGUGCUCUAGGGAAGGGGCACUGGGAAUGCAGAGUGGGCUCCCCAGCAGAAGGCUUACAGCCGGAGGGAUGGGUCAAGGGGCAACCUGGUUCUUCCAGCUGCCAAAUUGAAUCAAUGGGCUAUAACACCCUAUCUGUUUUGUUGAACUGGGCUCCACGUGCUUGUCCUGAAAAUGUCCAGGUCACUACACAGGAAAUCAGCGUUCUGUGCUUGAACCCCGCCCCACAUAAAAAAUUCCAGCGUUAACAGUCAAAUUGAUGAGGAUUGUUUACUCUAGGAAAGGAAGUAUACACAUGGCAGGCUUCCCUGGUACAUACAUAAAGGGCUACAUUUUUGAACAUUGGGCUUCCUGGUGAUUCUUGAAGAACAGGCUGAUUGCAUGAAGAGCUCUCUGGAUGACCUGAAAAGUCAGUGCUUCCUUUAAAGUUUCUUCCAGAAAAGCCAGGAUACCAUUUAGUCUUCUGGUGUGAUUUAUGUUGAGAUAUAAAGAGCGUUUGGAAACUUGUCCAGCUCUCUAGGUGUCUGCAUUUCGGUUUGGGUUCGUUAUGAAACGUCCUUAAUGUGACUUCUUCAAUAGCAAAAGGUAAACUGCCCGUUCCCUGAUUCCUUGGACAGAAAAGCUAGAGACAAUGGGUAAUAAGGCGCAAAGGAAAAAAAAAGAA